AUGUCCUCCCAACACUUGGACAUGCAAGCCUUGCAAACCCUGAGAACGCAAUUCUCUCAAGCCCUACAGGAUUUCGCAAACUCGACAUGCAGAUUCCGGAUCCUACACACCAUCCCGCCAUCACAGCCACCCUCGUCCCAAGCAAUCCGCACAUUAUAUGUCCUUGACUCCAGUUUCAACCCUCCGUCACGAGCACAUAUGAGUCUGGUCAAGACCGCUCUAAAGGGCACACAGCAGGUGCAUUCUAAACCCGAUCCCCGUCCAGAACCAUCUGUAGACAAGAAUCCAAGGGUUCUUUUCCUUCUGGCAACGGUCAACGCAGACAAGAAGCCUAAGCCAGCGGACUUCGAAGACCGCCUGGUAAUGAUGACCCUGAUGGCCGAACACAUGCGUUCAAGCUUCAGUAAUUCGGACACCGGUGCGGGUACUACUUCCAUUGCGCCGAUCAUCGACGUCGGCAUCAUCAAGGAACCCUACUUCACCGACAAAGCAAGCUGCAUUGACGAGAGCAAGGUCUACAAGCCCUCAAAUGGUGGUACUGUCGAACAAAUCCACUUGACGGGGUUCGACACUUUGAUCCGCAUCUUCACACCAAAAUACUACCCGAACUACACGCCACCGUUGUCGGCUCUGGCGCCGUUCUUGUCGCGCCAUCGUGUGCGUGCUACGGUGCGCGUGGAUACCGAUUCCCCGUCGGCGAACCUCAAAGAUGCCCAAGGCGAGUCGGGGCUGGGGUUUGAUACUGUUGAAGGUCAAAUGGCGUAUGUGGACCGCAUUGCGCGUGGGGAGAUGGAAGCCCAGGGCCUGAAGAGGGAAUGGGCGAACAGGGUUGAGCUGGUUCUCGAUGAUUCUGGAGAGGCUGACGGCGUGAGCUCGACGAGAGUACGCGAAGCGGCGAAGGAGGGUAGAUUUGAAGAAGUGGAAAUGCUUGUUGGGAAACGAGUGGCGGAAUGGAUCAAGGCACGCGGCUUAUAUCGUGAAUGA